AUGGCAUCAAACAAAGUUGAUACCCUUAAUAACUCGCCUCAACAGAUGAGUGAUUACAGCUAUGGCUUGUCCCAUACCACACCCUUCUUAUGGAGAAGGAACGCUCCAGCAGAGAUGUCAAGUAGCUGUACUUCUGGGUUCAACCGCAGAGACCGCAACACCUAUGACUUGCAUAUCAAAUCUAAAGUCUACUACGACACAGUUGACGAAGAAAGUGAAAAAGAAGAAGACGCGUCAAACAAUAAGGAUGAUGAAACGAUCGUCGAAUUUGUCUACGAUAGCGAAAACCAAGAGAUAACACAAAACAUGAAAAAUACCAUGACGAAAUUGGUGGUUCGCGGGACCGUAUCAACGAUUGGAGAAGAAGCCUUCCAGCAAUGUAAAAAGCUAAAAGAGAUCGAUUUCAGCGAGGCAACGGCGUUGGUAACGGUUGGAGAGAAGGCCUUCUGUAAAUGCACUAGUCUCGCUGCUUUCAAGUGCUCAUCGAAUGUCAAGACGAUCGCCAAGUUGGCCUUUUCCGGAUGUGACAAUCUAAAGGAAGUUGAUUUCAGCGAGGCAAUUACCUUGGAUACUAUUGGAGAGAGAGCCUUCUACUAUUGCUCUAAUCUUGCUGCUUUCAAGUGCCCAUCGAGCGUGACGACGAUUGGAAAGAAGGCCUUUUUUGGUUGUGACAAUCUAAAGCAACUUGAUUACAGUGAGGCGACUGCUUUGGAAUCAAUUGGAGACCGAGCCUUUUAUAAAUGCACUAAUCUUGAUGGCGCUUUCAAGUGCCCAUCCAAUGUCAAGACGAUUGGAAAUAUGGCUUUUUCUGGAUGUGAAAAUCUAAAGGAUGUUGAUUUCAGUCAGGCAACGGCCUUGGAAACGAUCGGAGUCAGAGUAUUUUCGAAGUGCAUCAGCCUUGCUGCUUUCAAGUGCCCAUCGAACGUCAAUACUAUUGGAGAGGCAGCCUUUCACUCAUGUGAAAGUCUGAAGGAAGUUGAUUUCAUAGAUGCGACAGCAUUGGAAACGAUUGAACAGCAAGCCUUCUACAAAUGUGCUAGCCUCCUCAUUUUCAAGUGCCCAUCGAACGUCAAAACAAUUGGACACAGUGCCUUUGUUGGAUGUGUCAAACUGAAUGGAGUUGAUUUCGAAGAGGCUGCGGCUUUGGAAGCGGUUGGGGAGAGAUGCUUUGGGGAAUGUCCGAGCCUUGUUGCUUUCAAGUGCCCAUCCCACGUCAAGACGAUUGGAAAGCAAGCCUUUGCAAAAUGUGAAAAUCUAAAGGAAAUUGAUUUCACUGAGGCAGCAGCGUUGGAAACGAUUGGAGAGCAGGCCUAUUACAAGUGUCCUAGUAUUCUUGCUUUCAAGUGUCCAUCCAAAGUCAAGACUAUCGGAGAGCACACCUUUGCGGAAUGUCAAAAUCUCAAGGAAAUUGAUUUCACUGAAGGAACCGCGUUGGAAACGAUUGGAAAAGCUGCCUUUUCCGAUUGUCCUAGUCUUUUCGCUUUCAAGUGCCCAUCCAAUGUGAAAACAAUUGAAGGGUUUGCCUUUAACAGCUGCGAAAAUCUGAAAGAAGUCGAUUUCACUGAAGCAAUCGAAUUGGAAACGAUUGGAACGCAAGUCUUUUACAAAUGUACUAGUCUUCAUGGUGCUUUCAAGUGCCCGCCCCAUGUCAAGGUCAUUGGAAUUGGGGCCUUUGAGAAAUGUGAAAACCUAAAGGAAGUUGAUUUCACAGAGGCAAUCGAAUUGGAAACGAUUGGAAGGCAAUCCUUUCUCAAGUGUGCUGGUCUUGAGGGUAUUUUCAAAUGCCCAUCAAAAGUCAGGACGAUUGGAGAGAGUGCCUUUGAGGAAUGUGAAAAUCUCAAGGGCGUCGAUCUGAGCGAAGCUACUGCUUUGGAAACGAUUGAAAGGAAAUCAUUUUUUAAAUGUUCUCGUCUUGAGGGUACUCUCAAGUGCCCAUCAAACGUCAGGACGAUUGGAGAGAGUGCUUUUUCUGAAUGUGAAAAUCUCAAAGACGUCGACUUGAGCGAAGCCACUACUUUGGAAACGAUCGAAAGGCAAUCAUUUUUGAAAUGUACUGGUCUUGAGGGUACUUUCAAGUGUUCAUCGAAAGUCAAGAUCAUUGGAGAGAGUGCUUUUUCUGAAUGUGAAAAGCUGAAUGGAGUGGAUUUCGCAGAGGCUAGAGCUUUAGAAACGAUUGGAGAUUCAGCCUUUUACAAAUGUGCUAGUCUCAAUUGCACUUUCAAGUGCCCACCCCUCGUCAAGACUAUUGGAGAGAGCGCCUUUUCUGAGUGCGAAAAGCUGAAUGGAGCUGAUUUCGGAGAGGCUAGAGCUUUAGAAACGAUUAGAGCUUCUGGCUUUUACAAAUGUACUAGUCUUCAUGGUACUUUUAAAUGCCCACCCAAUUUCAAGACCAUUGGAAAUGGGGCCUUUAAGGAAUGUACAAAACUAAAGGAAGUUGAUUGCAGCGACGCAACAUCUUUGGAUACGAUUGGAGAGCAAGCCUUCUACAACUGUAGCAGGCUUUAUGAUACUUUCAAGUGCCCAUUGAACGUCAAGACUAUUGGAAAGGAAGCUUUUGCGUUAUGUAGGUAUCUGCAGGAAGUUGAUUUUAGCCAGGCAAAAUUUUUGCAGACGAUUGGAAACCGAGCAUUCGCGGGGUGUACAGAUUUAAAGGAAGUUGAUUUAAGUGAAGCAACAGCUCUGGAAACGAUUGGAGAGGAAGCGUUUUGUGAAUGUGCUAAGAAUUUUUCUACUUUCAAGUGUGCGUCAAAUGUCAAGACUAUUGGAGUGAAUGCCUUCGCGAAAUGUGGGAGUCUAAAGGAAGUGGAUUUGAGCAAGGCGUUAGCUUUGGAAACGAUCGAAGACGGGGCUUUUUGCGGUUGUACUAAACUUGAGGAACUCUCUGUGCCUUCCAAAGUGACUGUUCUUGGGAAAGAUGUCCUCAAAGAAUGUCACAGUCUUGAAUCUUUGGAAAUUUCUAGUCUGAACCCAGCUAUCCACAUCCGAUUGUACACCCAACUCGAGGAAGAUGUAAAGCGUUUGAUUAAUUUGGAUAACGUCUUGCAUCUUUUUGCCUUCAAUCCAAUAAAGAAAUCCGAGUUGGUGGAGAAUUUUGGCGAAGAGGCAACAAUUCUUGAUACGAUCAGGGCAGAUUAUAUUGGAUCGAUUGUUGAAGAAAAACGGCAGUUACUUUCGAUUCCCGAACGCAAUGGUUGGGUUCGAUUCCUGGCGGACAGUGAUGCAGGUGACGAAAUCGACCCAGAAAUGAGGAAGUUGUGCGACUAUCUGAAAAAGGAGGCAACUGUGAAAAAAGUCCGGCAGCUUGCAGAUACCAAAGAUCAAUCAGGACGUGUUGCGAAGUCGGUGGCACCCAGAAAUAUCCAAAAAGUGUUUGAAGAACGACUGUUCUUUCUCGGUCGCUAUGAUAUUGAAAAGGGUCCACCCAUUCAUCAGUCAGCAACUUGUGUUGUGGUCAAGGCUAAGGAUGCAAAGAUGGUGGAGUACUUUCAAGAGAAGUACAAAGCGUAUGAAGGAAAAGAAUUGAAUGAGGAAACGUUCACGGACAUAUUGAGCAAGAUGGAGCUCAUUCCACACGAUGACAAAAAUAUUAACCAUUUGUUCAAACGGGCAGAUGUCGACAAAACCGGAUUGAUCUCGAAAAAAGAGUUUGUGGACUUUUGCAUGGCCGAAAUAGGUGGCAAUGUGGUACUAAAGUUUAUGCGGAACAAGGAUCAGUUUCGCCGAGAAGUUGACUGUCGCAAAACUAAUGGUCUGGAUUCAAAAUAUGUCAUUGGCAGUAUUGGAAGCCACGACGAAAAGAGCGAUUCUGGAUUGGCCCAGUCACUCAAGGACUCAAUCCUGCAAGAAGAUGGUGUUGAUAAGUCGUUUCUUGAGAAGGAUGAUAUCUCAACAGAGGGCUACAGCAGCGUAUUAGUCAUGCCAUACGGAGAUCGGAAUUUGGACACAAUCUUUCGAAGUGAGCGGCCUGGACCAGUUGCUGUCCGCAACUUGAUGGGAGAAAUCGGAGAGGCAUUAUUGCAUUUACAUGAGAAGGGAAUUGUCCAUGGUGACAUAAAAAUGUUGAAUGCGGUGAGAUCAAAUCAUCGGCUUUUGUUGAUCGAUUUGGAUGCAUCCAGAAAAGUUGGUGAGUACAUCGGAUCGAAGUUCUCUUCUGGUGUUCUUCCCCCGGAGAUGAUAUAUGAGCUGAAAACUCGAAAGGAGCUGAAUGUGUAUGUGAAUUAUGUGCAGCAAGGGGCAACAAGUGACGACGAGAAGAAUAAGACGAAAGUUUUGACCACAACAGGACAUAAUAAUGAACGACACUUCGUGGUUCGUUCUUUUUCGGAGGAGAUGCAAGAAGUGAAAACAUGGGAUCAGUUCGAUGAAAAGGAACAGAUCGAGGAAAGGUUGGUGCCAACUAAAAAGGAUGAACUGCCGUACAAGCUGGUAUCAGCUGAUGAGAGUUUUGAUGUCUGGUCAUUUGGUGUGUUGCUGUACGAGCUUGUGACAAAGGAGUCCUUGUUCAAGGUGAACAAUGAGAACGAUAUCACAGAUGGUGACGUGAUGAGAGAGCUACACGACUGGACUGAUCAGGAUAUGAAGAGGAAAUUGAAACGUAAAGUAUUGGAUUCCUAUGCUCGUGACUUGUUGGAGAAGAUUCUUCUCCGCAAGCCAACAGAUCGGUUGAAGAUGCAAGACGUGCUUGAGCACCCCUACUUCAAACCUGAUGAUGUAAGAUCAGAAACGGAAGCUUUGGCGCGACUUGAGGAAAGUGUUAUGGAGAACCGAGCUAUCGUCUUGAAGAAUCAAGAAAUUAUGAAAGUCAAUUUUGCACAAAUCCACAAGUCAUUUGAACAGAUCCAUGAAUCACUAAAGCUUGUCCUCAGCUAUCAACAAGCAGCUAACAAUAUUUUGCAAGCAAUCUUCAAAGGAGAAAAGUCACAACCAAAGUAUUUUGUGAUUCUCCCAGCUGCUGAGGAAGCCAAUGACGACAAGGGUUUCUCUCGUCGCUUUCUAUCAACGAUGAAGAACGUUAGCAGUGUUGUCAAGACCAAGGCAAGGCUAUGUUUCAUCUGUCCAAUAUCACUACAACCAGUCCUGGGAACGGAUGGUGAAGUCAUUUCCUAUGAUGUUGAGAUGCCUCGGGAAUGGAUCAAAAAAUAUGGCCCUGCUAUUCUCAUCGGACUAAAGAUUGUCCAAGUAGGCCUGGCAGUGGGCCGCGGAUUCGGCCUCCCCCUUCCAUCGUUGAGUGGGGCUGAAGAAGAAUUGAGGGAGACUUCUAAUCUGUUUGCUGAAAUGCAAAGUUUGGUGGUGAAUGGAAUGGGAGGCGAUGACGAAGAGGAUGGACUUGCCGAGAUGUUGCUGGAACAAUUUACGGAUCGAAUCGAUAGCGCUGCCUCGGCUGAAGGACCAGCCAUGACAGAGAACCAUCUAGACAGAAUUCAAAAGUCGUAUGAAGGCAUUGGUUCCUUCAUCAAUGACGAAAGAUUCGAAUGUUGCGGUCUAACAAUGGCUGUGAGUAAGGAUGGGACGGAAUAUGAGUAUGUGCAUCCAGAAAUGAAGCCACUAUUUGAAACGUUUGGAUCGGAAUGCUUGGAGAUGCCAAUGGAAAAGAGGGAAAAGGAAAAUGCUAUAUUGCAUGCAAAUGCUCGAAAUGGAAAAGAAGAUACUGAUAAUGCAACCUCUCUUACUGGGCACGUUGGAACGAAUCCUGAGACUGAAGUAUCCGCCACACCAUCAACAAACUACCCCAAAAAGGAUAUGACUGUACAGCAUGAAGAAGAAGAAAGGAAGGAACUCUUGGUGACAAGCGCUGACAGUGCAAUAAUUGCACGCUCCUUGGAAGACAAGCUGGAUGAUGUUAGUUCGAAGUUAGCAAAAUUUGAAGACUUUAGUUCAAAGAUAUCGAAGCUGGAAGACAUGGGUUCGAAGCUUACAAAGUUGGAAGAGUUGGAAAACGUGAGUUCGAAAUUGACAAAGUUGGAAGGAAAGAUUGACUUUACUAUUAUAAAGCAAGGGACAUUGCAGGGAUCCACCCAUGUGAUUGUUUACAGAGGCUGGUUACGUAUUCAAAGCCACCGGCCUCCUUUUCUUUGGAACCAUCGAUACGUUGUGGUCUACAACGAUGGAAGCAUUACGCACUAUCCCAAUGCUGGUUCGUCUUUUUCUUCUGUCAAAUGGAUCGAUAGCAAGGAUGGAAGCAUUGACCUAUGUUCCAAAAGCAAAGUGAUUGCAAAAGCAAAGUUGUCGAGCCGUGAUUCUAGUAGCAUUGAAGACUGGCUUCAACUAGGAAACAUGUGGUAUUUUGACGAGCAGCAAUCUGACACCAAUAAUUCAAAUCAUCGCAAAGCAGUCGGCGCAGGUCGGAUCGAUGCCGCCGGAAUAGUCACCACCAUCGGAACAGCUAGUGACUUUCCUGUCUGA